ACACAAACCUAACAUAAAUCCCACACAAUACAAAUUAAUUCCUACCACGUAAUCACGCAGCAAGAAAAUUUUGGAGGCAAGUCUGGGUCCCCAGACUUUCCUUUUCAAAAUUCCCUCCAAAGAAGCCAGGCCCCCAGCAUCGCAGAUUUAUAUGUUUUAAUUUUUUCUAAACCCCCUGAGAUUUCAAAGAGAGAGAGAGAGAGAUGAGCAGUGAGUUGUGUUCAGGUGUCCGACUUCGAUUGUUGGAGUUCCUCAUCCACUCCGCUCAUGAACUUCAAGUUCGUCCGAUCGUCAAGUACUCCGCAUUUUCACUCUUUGCUGAUCGAUUCUGCCAUUCUCUCUCCAAACAUAGCAAUGAUAUGGAAAACUGGCUUUUACAUCCCAUGAGGGAGAGCAACCUGCAAUUAUUUGCCCUUGUUUCUAUAUGGAUCUCAAGCAAAAUGCAUGAUUCUCAUCCCCUAUCUGUAAAAUGUUUGAAAUCUUUGGGAGACAAGAUGAUUAAGGAGCAACAUUUUACAACUCGUGAUUUCUUGGAAGCAGAGGUGGUCUUAAUGCAGGUAUUGGAUUUUGAGAUUGGUACAUCUAAUAUUGCUUUUAUAUUCCUUGAGGAGCUUUUCAUUCAGUUCAAGGGAAUUGCAACGGUUGGGAAACUUGUAAACUUUGAAGCAUGCAUGGACAUCAUGGAUCUUCUCUAUGAGAAGGAUCAGACAUCAGCUCUUUAUAAUUCUCCCAAAUAUCUUGCUGCAUCAAUACUGGCAUGUGCAUUUACAUUUCUUAUUUCUAAUUUAAUAAUUCAGAAAUGUUGCACUUGCUAUGUCUUUUUACUUUGUAAUAGUUUUGGAUCUUUUGCAGGUUGCUUCAUAUGUUAUCACAGUUCCAAAACAGAGAUGGGAAUUUCCUGUUCUUCCUUGGGUGAAGUUUGUAACCUCAUGCAAAGAAGAGGAUAUUAUAGAAAUUGUCAGAGACAUUCUUCAGCAUGUAUUUCAGCCCUCUUCUGUGGUGUAAGAGCUGCUUUCAUUGUAGUUGCUAUAAAUCAUCUGCCAUAUAGCUAUAUAAUAAGUUUUGACAAAAGAAUGAGUUUCAAUGCAGUUUCUAUUAGAUCUCAUAAAAUGUGACAUUGCUUUACUUUGUGCAAAAAGUUUGGUAAAUUGGCAAAUUUUGGUAGAAGUCUUUUCUCUCUUGAUGGGGCUUACAAAUUGUAUUUGAUUAUUUUGUGAAUGAAAUUAUAAAAUUAAAAAUAAAAAAUUUACCCCA